GAGAUCACCAUCAUCUGUCAUCAUGCUGAGCGCUGCUGUUGGUCGAUUCGCUGCAUCUGCUGCCCCGCGCGUCGCUGCUGCACCUGCUGCUGCUGCUCUCCUGACGCGCUCGCUCGCCCUGUCUGCCUCUGCCUCUGCUAGUGCUGGUGCUGGUGCUGGUGCUGGUGCUGGUGCUGGUGCAUCGCCGGCGGCUAAUUCCCCCAAGGCCAAAGCGUCCUCCUCCGCCUCCGCUGCUGCUGCUGAAACGCACUCGUUCUGCAAGGCGCUCUACGGCGGCAAGCUGCUCGACACGAAGGUCUUCCCGUUCCCAACCACGCUCUCCAAGGACGGCAAGGAGACCCUCGACGCACUGGUCGAGCCUGUCGAGCGAUUCUUCAAGGAAAAGGUCGAUUCGCGCAAGAUUGAUGUCGAGUCCAAGAUUCCCGAGGAGACCCUCCAGGGAUUGAAGGAGCUCGGUCUGUACGGUCUGCAGAUUCCCGAGGAAUAUGGCGGCCUUGGUCUGUCCAACACCAGCUAUGCUCGCGUCGUGGAAGCGAUCGCUAUUGAUGGCAGCAUCGCAGUGACCCUGAUGGCGCAUCAGUCGAUCGGCCUCAAGGGCAUUCUCAUGUACGGCACGCCCGCACAAAAGGAAAAGUACCUGCCCAAGCUUGCCACCGGCGAGCACACGGCAGCCUUCUGCCUGACUGAGCCCGGCUCGGGCUCGGACGCUGCGUCCAUCCAACUGCGCGCAACACUGAGCCCCGAUGGCAAGCACUACCUCCUCAACGGCUCCAAGUGCUGGAUUUCGAAUGGCGGCACUGCUCAGAUCAUGACCGUCUUUGCCCGCACUGCCAUUCGUGAUCCCACGACUGGCGAAACCAAGGACAAGAUCACUGCCUUCAUUGUCGAGCGUGCGUUCGGCGGUAUCACCUCCGGCAAGCCAGAGGACAAGCUUGGCAUCCGCGGCUCCAACACCACCGAAGUGCACUACGAGAACUGCCCCGUUCCGAUCGAGAACGUGCUCAGCGAGCCUGGCCAAGGCUUCAAGGUUGCCGUCAACAUUUUGAACAGUGGUCGCUUUGGUUUGUGCGCGGGCGCCGCUGGCCAGUCAAAGCGCCUGCUGGCGUUGGCAUCCGAGUAUGCCUCCACUCGCAAGCAGUUUGGCUCACCCCUGAGCUCGUUCGGCCUCAUCCAGGAGAAGCUUGCCAACAUGGCCGUGAGCUCCUACGCCAUGGAGUCGAUGGCCUACAUGACCACCGGCAUGAUUGACAGCGGCGAGCCAGACACGGCUGUUGAGGCAGCCAUUUGCAAAGUGUACGGCUCCGAGUCCGCUUGGACCAACUGCCACGAAGCGGUGCAGGUUCUCGGUGGCAUUGGCUUUAUGAAGUCGCUUCCAUUCGAGCGUUUCAUGCGCGACUGCCGCAUUCUGCUGAUCUUUGAGGGCACCAACGAGAUUCUGCGCAUGUUCAUUGCCUUGAACGGCGUGCAGUACGCUGGCGAGCGCCUCAAGCGCCUCAGCAAGGCGGCCACCAACCCCUUCGCUUCGGGCGCCCUGGACGAGAUCAAGGAAGAGCUCGAGCGCCGUCUCUUCUCUGGCGCUCGCGCCAAGCGUAGCGCAGUCCAGCUGUCCGAGUCGCUUCACCCUCGCUUUGCAGAGCACGCCACAAAGUACUCCCGCCUUGUUGUUGACUUUGGCAAGCUCGUUGACAAGAGCGUCAUCAAGCACGGCAAGGGAAUCAUCAACGAACAGAUGAUUCUCAAGCGCAUGGCUGACGUGACUAUUGAUUUGUACGGCAUGGCUUCUGUCUUGAGCCGCGCAUCGCGUUCGCUUGAUCAAAAGUCAACCCAAGCAGAUCACGAGGUGACUCUGGCAAACGCCUUCUGCAUUGCCGCAACCCAGCGCAUUCGCAACGCUCUGCACGACAUUGCCAAUCCCAGCGCAACCACGGAUGCCGCCAUUAAAGCUGUUGCGCUGGCGGUUCUUAACGAGAAGGCCUACAUUGCUCCCCACCCACUCGAGCUGUCGCUUGAUUAAACCCUGUGUUUUUGAUUGUUGGAGGGGAUGUCACCGAUGCACUGCUCAAAAAAUACAACCGUCCACUGCGACGCACUACGUUUCUACCAAAUGCACUGCUCAAAAGUACAACCAUCCACUGCGACGCACUACGUUUCU